AUGUCUGUAGCCGUCGAAUCCCCAGUCGAGUUUUCUUCGGCAAUAGAGCCCCAGUCGGAGAGGCCAGGCUUACAGGAGCGUCUGAGUCGCCCUCAAACGGAGCGACAUGACUCAGACUUCACUGCUGUAGGUCCCGCGACUCCUGCUGGCGAUAAACUCGACUCCGCAACCGAUGAGGCGCGGAUUGCGAAUGGAGCAGCAGAACAGGUGCAAGGUGUGGUUUAUGUAGUUAACGUGGAGGCGGCAUAUCCUCCCCCCAUCGUGUCGUCUGCGCUAGCUAUAACACCCGUAGUUGAGCUGCUAUCCGAAAGCAGAGGCCUUCGUCGUUUUCGCAUGUUUGCGUCCUUCGUAACCUUGUUUCUCGCGGGCUGGAAUGGUGGUGCUACAGGAGCUCUUAUUCCCUCAAUCGAGAGAGCAUUUGGCAUUGGCUAUGCGCGCGUUGCCAUCCUUUUUGUCUCCACGUUCAUGGGUUACGUAGCUGCUGCUGCGGGGGGAGGUGUCUUAUCACGAAAAAUUGGGUUCGGAGGUGCUCUAUUAGCCGCGGUUGCUAUAGAGCUGAUAGGAAAUGUUAUCAACGCCUCUCAACAAGCCAGUUUUGGCUUGAUGUGCUUUGGAUUCUGGAUUAUUGGUAUUGCAUUUGCGACACAAUUAGGGCUGUGUAACGCAUACUUUACCCUCUUGAAAAAGCCGCUGCUAUACACUGGGUUUCUUCAUGGAAUGUUCGGUCUUGGUGCCUUUGCGAGCCCCCUCGUGGCUACGGCCAUGGUAACUCGCGGCAUUCCAUAUCAUUUCUUCUAUCUCACAAAUGUUGGGAUGAACGUCCCAGUGUUCGCCCUGGUGUGGUUUGCAUUUAGGAAUCUAGACUCUCUGUCAUCAAAUCCUGCCGAUACAUUGACCUUGCAAGGCUCAGCUACGAUGCGUGAUACACUGAAGAGCCGUACCGUUUGGACACUCGCGAUAUUCUUGAUGCUCUACAUCGGGGCCGAAGACUCGAUUGGCGGCUGGAUAGUUUCAUAUGUUCUAGAGGUCCGAAAAGGGACGCCUGAAGGAGCAUCGUGGGUUGCUUCAAGUUUCUAUCUCGGCAUUGCAAUCGGACGCAUUGUCCUUCCGACUCUGAGCAUUCUUCUAGGGGAGCGCCGUGCCGUUUUUAUCUAUAUUUUUCUCGCUAUUGUUCUUGAGGCUGUCGCAUGGGCUGUACCCGUUCUCGCAUCGACAGCACUAGCCACUGCGCUCGUCGGGCUCGCCAUUUCAACUUUCUACGCAGCUGCCAUCACGACUGGCGGACGCCUCUUACCGCGUCCGAUGCAUGCCGAUGCAUUCUUGCUCAUCAGCUCGGUAGGACAAAGCGGCAGCGCACUCUUUCCCCUAGUGGUCGGACUUGUGAGCUCAAAGAAAGGAAUUUGGGUCGUCGAGCCAAUCAUCCUGGCUUUGCUCGGGGGUCAAGGUGUGUUCUGGUACUUGGUCCCAAAAGUACAAAGAAGAGCAGAUUAA